CAUAUGACAAUAACACCCUCAUACUAUUGUAUCUUUCUGUUAAAUCUAUGAUCGGAAUAACAAAUAAGUAUGCUUUUUUUUUUAACGUAGACAAAUAAGUAUGUUGCGGUAUCGAAUUAAGAGCAUGUAAGAUAUGGCCUACUUCAUAUCAAAUAUCAUCCUCCUAGGUAGUAAGCUUCAUAUCUUGUGACACCAAGUUAAGAAUAUUUUAUGUAUCUUUGGGUUUGAAUACUGACCAACUUUUUAAGAUAAAUCACCAAGCUUUCUUUUCUAGACAAAGUUUAAAUCUGAUCUGGCAGUCAAAGGUCAAAGUUGAAAUAUUUUUCUCUUACAAUCUGAAAAGUAAUAACUGAGGGGUACAAAGAUGAUGUCAUCUUUGUUGAUCACACCAAUCUAAAUGAAUGUGCUUCUUUACUUCAUAUAAGAAAAUGUAAUGAAAACUAAUAUAUAAAUAUGUUUCCGUAAUUCAUAAAUGAAUACACAUGAAAAAGGCAAAAAUACUUUGAAAAGGAAGCAAGGGUCACACUUUGCUCAUUUACAACACCAUAGAGAGUGAGAGAGAGAAACGAAGGAAGUAGACACUAGAGAGUGAAAGAGCUUGAAGAUAUGAUGUUUCCUAAGGAGAGAGAGAUAGGUAGCAGCAGUGGUUUGGGUCAGGGUGAAGUAAAUGUUGAGAAGUUGAGCUUCUUCAAGAUCUUUCAGGGUGAAGACUUAUCCUCUGAAAGCAUGAGAGCGUUUCCUUACGACUUCAUAAGAAACGUCCCUCAAAACGACUACUCCAGCAACAUGGUGAUAAGGACGCAAUGGGGAAUCUCAUGGGAAGUCAAAGUCUCCAUGAACCCAAGAUUCUACUACAUGGAGAAGCGUGGAUGGAACCAGUUUGUGAACGACAACGCCUUGGGAGAUAAAGAGCUCGUUACCUUCACUCACACUAGACUCAUGUGCUUCAAUGUCAACAUCUACGAGGAGAAUGGCAAGGAGCUUGUGAGGCCCCGGACAAUGGCUUCUCUAAGUGGGAUCAAGAAAGAAGUAGGAGAGAGCAGCAAGAAAGAUGUGAAGAAGGCUGAGGAGACAGGAGGUGUUAGGGUCAAAAGCAAGAGAUUUGAGGAAGGCAAAACAUCCAAGAAGAAGAUGAAGAAGAGCAAUAACGAUGAGGAUACUGUUCCAGUAUUCAACAUCACCAUAACGACAUCAUACCUCAAGUUCCUGCCAAUCCCAAGGUACUUUGCUGACGUGCAUAUCCCGAAUAAGUCUAAGAUGGUGGUGACCAUUCACCACUCCAAUGGGAACUGUUCAUGGGAGGUGGUUUGCUUGGUGAGGAGGGCAAGGGCAAACUUCUCAAGUGGCUGGGCGAGAUUGGUUAGAGAGUAUCCUUUGUCAGUCGGUGACUUUUGUACCUUCAAGUUCAUCAAACCAACCGAGUUUCACCUUGUUGUUUCCAAGAAGGUCGAAGAGAUCAUGUCUGACUGAUAAACGAAUGAAAUGUUAAGUGUCUUGCUGCUUUCUUAUUAUCCAUAAAGACAAGUUUGAUCACUUUAGGUGUUUUGUGAAUAUGUUUCUCUUUAGCUAAUAUUUAAUGUGUCUGUGUGGUUUUUAAAUACUUUAACAUAAUGUUGAUGAUAAUAGUUUUACCUUUUGGACUAUUAUGAAUAUUAAUAUUUUAGUAGUAUUCAUCUU